AUGACCGUGGCGAGCUUCUUGUUGGCGGCGGGGCCGGGCCGGGGGCGGGCCCGGGCGGCCGGGCCGGGCUGCGGGGAGCCGGCGGCGAGGCGAGGCGGCCGCCGUGCCGCAGCUGCAAGCAGGCUGCGCCCGGGCCGCCGGCCGCGGCCGCCGCCCGCCGCCGCGGACGACGACGACUGUGGACACUCGUCGGCGUCCGACGACCCCGGGUGGCCGCGAGCUCCUUCUUUCGCCAGCAGCCGCCUGCUUCUUCGCGGUGCCGUGCCCGUGUUGGUGGUGGCCGGGGUGGUGGUGCGUAGAAUUGACGUGUGCGUUGGCGGCGGUGCGCAGGUGAACCAGGACACGGACGUGACCAUCACGGGCGUGUACGUGAACAGCACGCUGACGCGGUCGACGCGCCACGAGGGCUUCUGCGCGUUCGCCGGCAUGGGCAUGCAGUACCGAAUCUCGUCCACGUCGCACACGCAGACGGAGUCGGUGGCCACGGAGGCCACGCUGCUGCCGCACCCGCCCGGCGCCGCCGGCUCCGACAGGGUGGGCAGCGCGGGCGCGGGAGGCGAGCCGCUGUCCAAGUCGUACACGCCGCUGGGCGCGCUCUCCAGCAUGCAGCCGCCGGGCACGGGGGGCAGGGCGGCGGGCCGCGGGCGCCUCGGUGGCGCAGGGUGGGCCGCACCCCACGGCCGCCGCCGCGGGCCCGCCGCCGCACCACGCCGCCCCGCACCACCACCACCAUCACCACCACCACGCGCCGCCGCCGCCGCACCUGCACCACCACCACGCCCCGCCGCCGCCACCGCCGCACCACCACCACCA